UCUCUCGACUCGUGAGUGGAUUCGCUUUGAAAGUGAAGUGCACCGCAGUGUGAUAUCGAUAGAGAGAGACUUGUCCUCGGUGGAGUACGGUGUGUGUUGAUAAAUCUCGAUCGAAAUUAAAACCCUAAACUAGUUUAUAAAUGGAAACAACAAUGCUGUUGCCAAUCGUACCUGCAGUCACGAAGGUCCGCGACGACAAUGAUUUUUCAGAUUACGUAAACCAAUUCUUUUGUAAACGGCUGCGAGAUCAGCAUGAGCUGGAAUUGCAAAAGUUGGUGGAGUGGAAGAGGAAGCGGCAACAACAGCAGCAGCAGCAGCAGCAACUUUACCAGCAGUUGCAACUAUUGUUGUCCCCAAAUGAUCCUUGUCGGAAUGACUAUUGUAAUAGGUUAAAUGUUUUCCAAGAAGAGCAAGAACUAUUACAACGGAGUGUUACAAACGUAAUUGAGGAAAAACGUACGAAAAACCAACUGCAGCCUCAGGCACAACCGAAGCCAGAGCCGAAGUUUGAACCGGAACCAGAACCGGAGCCCCAGCCGGAAGAAGAGCCAACGCCGAAACAGGUGCUGGAUCUGGAGGAAUAUGAUUCAAAACCGGUAUCUUUUUUGUUUGAUCUACUGGAGGAUGUAAAGCUGGAGGAUAUAAAGCUGGACGAUGUAAAGCUGGACUUAGAAUUGGAGAAUUUAAAUGGAAAGCCGGAAUCCACGUUCGAUGAGUUCGAUGAGCCAAAGCUCUCACAAUUGGAUAAGAAUGUGAAGUCGAUAGAAUCGCUGCCGAUUUCGAAACAGGUAUACUCGCUGUAUGAAGAAAUCUGUUCACAAAAAAAUGGACUGCUCAAUUUGGAAGACUCUGUUUCAGAAAGUAAAAGUCUUCCUCUUCCUAAAAAAACCAUAGAUUUUGAGGAUCAACAGUUUAAAGUUUAUUCCGAGGGACGUAAAGUCAAACUAUUAAAGCGCCAAGUCUUUAUGAAUAGAAGAUCCCCUUACGUAAUACUGAAACCCGUAAAGCACUACCGUGAUUUCAUUGAAGUGUACCACGCAUCACUCAGGACUAUUCGAACUAAAAUGAAGAAUUUUAAAAAUUCUGAAUGUAGUUCAGUUCUCUCAAAAUUUUCAGAGACAGAUAGUCCAAUGUUCUUAAAAUCUUUAGAGGCAAAUAGUCCAGUUCCUUCAAAUUCUUCAGAGGCAGAUAGUCCAGUUUCCUCAAAAUCUUCAGAGACAGAUAACUGCCUUCACUAUAUAUCGGACGAAGAAGAAGACUAUUUAACGCGCUGCAAAAAUAAAGCAACGAAAGCAUUUCAAGAUGCCGAGGAGGAAUACUUGAAAGAGUGGCACUCAUGGAAGCAAAGUGAUUCCUUCCAGACUGAUUUCUGCGAAGACGAGGUGACUGAUUCAAGGACUGCUAUAAAGGAAGAGCAGCAGGUGAGCUUUCAACAUCAGCUCAACAUGUCUCAGAUGAUGGCACAGUUCUCAGUCCGGACGUCACCAUCGCUACUGAAACCAUUAUCAUCAAGAGCUUCGUAUACAUCAUCAGGAGCUUCAUAUACAUCAUCAGAACCUUCAUCAUUAUCAGAAGCUUCAACAUCAUCAUUAGAAACUUUACCAUCACCGAUGGCGAUCAAAAAUCCGUUGAACAACGAAGACAAUCAACGGAUCACUCGGAGGAAGCAUGAAGAGAUACAACAGCAGAUGGCAGACAAUAUCAAAAAGAGCACCCUCAACGACCAUUGCUAUCACCAAACGAAUGUGUCUGAAACCCUUCAAGUAUUUAAAGAGGAGUUAGAGACAGAAGAAUCCG